AUGGUGGUCACAGAUGCUAAAGACGAGUUGCAACAAGCGUGUGUUGAACAUAGUAUGACUGAUGUUUUCCUUGAAGAUAUCAUCAAAGAAGUUGAUCAAAACAAUGAUGGAAAGAUUGAUUAUGGUGAGUUUGUGGAGAUGAUGCAAAAAGGAAAUGCAGGUGUUGGGAGAAGAACUAUGAGAAAUAGUCUGAACAUUAGCAUGACAAACGCCUAG